AUGGGCUCGAGACUCUCUAACCCUCGUGCUAUCUGCACCUUCCUGCUAUUGCUUGCACUAGCCAACUGCGUGCAUGCGCUAUUCCCUGAUUGCCUUGCAGGUCCACUGGCAAACACCACAGUAUGCGACUCUGCGCUGGACCCGCUUACUCGCGCCCGUGCGCUAGUCGGCAUGUUGACGAUGGCGGAGAAAUUCAACAAUACCGUCAACGCUUCCCCAGGUGUACCUCGCCUCGGUUUGCCACCCUACAAUUGGUGGAGUGAAGGGCUGCACGGUGUUGCCAGCAGCCCGGGUGUCACCUUCGCUCCCGCCGGGCAGAACUUCAGCUACGCGACCUCCUUUCCCGAGCCGAUCCUCAUGGGUGCGGCCUUUGACGACAAUCUUAUCUAUGACAUUGCAACAAUUAUCAGCACUGAGGCUCGCGCAUUCAACAACUUCAACCACUCCGGCCUCGACUUCUGGACCCCUAACAUUAAUCCUGUACGCGACCCUCGUUGGGGUCGCUCUCUCGAGACCCCCGGUGAGGACCCGUUCCAUCUCGCCUCAUACGUUGCCAAGCUUGUCACCGGUCUUCAAUUCGGUGGUGACGAUCCCAAGUAUCAGAAGCUCGUUGCAACAUGCAAGCACUAUGCUGGAUACGACCUUGAAAACUGGGGCGGAUAUGCGCGCUACGGUUUCGAUGCUGUGAUCUCGAACCAGGACCUGGUGGAAUAUUUCCUCCCUCCUUUCCAGACGUGCGCAAGGGACGUCAAUGUCACUAGUGUCAUGUGCUCGUACAAUGCCGUGAACGGUAUCCCCAGUUGCGCGAACGACUACCUUCUGCAGAGUCUGCUGAGGACGUAUUGGGGAUGGGAGCCCGACUCGGAAAGUCUCAAUGCGCAUUACGUUACGUCGGAUUGCGAUGCCGUGUCGAACAUUUAUUAUCCGCAUAACUACACCAUUACGCCGGAGCAGGCCGUCGCAGUUUCAUUGAAGGCUGGAACCGAUCUCGAUUGCGGAACCUUUUACGCCGAGUGGCUGCCGUCAUCUUAUGAACAAGGACUGUUCCACCAAACGGAUAUCGAUCGUGCGCUCAUCCGCUCCUACGCGGCCUUGUUCCUUCUCGGGUACUUCGAUCCGGCCGAGGGGCAGAUCUAUAGGCAGUACAACUGGGCGAAUAUCAACACCGACUAUGCUCAACAACUCGCCUACACGGCUGCAUGGGAAGGCAUCACUCUGCUCAAGAAUAUUGAUGAUAUGUUGCCGCUGCCUUCAACAAUGACCAAUAUCGCGCUUAUUGGUCCGUGGGCGAAUGCAACCACACAGAUGCAAGGCAACUAUCAGGGUAUUGCUCCAUUCCUCCACAGUCCGCUGUACGCCCUCCAGCAGCGCGGGAUCAACGUUACCUACGUACUGGGAACCAACAUAACAUCCAAUUCUACCGCCGGUUUUGCCGCGGCGCUUGCCGCUGCCCAGACUGCCGAUCUUACGUUGUACAUUGGCGGCAUUGAUAUUACGGUCGAAGCCGAAGCCAUGGAUCGGGUCAACAUCACCUGGCCCGGCAACCAGCUUGACCUCAUUGCGCAGCUCGCCAAUGUGUCUACUCACCUGAUCGUGUAUCAGAUGGGCGGUGGACAGAUCGAUGAUACUGUUCUGCUCGAGAACCCGAAGGUACACGGACUGCUCUGGGGCGGCUAUCCUGGCCAAGAUGGUGGCACGGCAAUGAUCGACAUACUGUAUGGCAGUCGCGCUCCUGCCGGACGUCUUCCGCUCUCUCAGUACCCAGCAAAUUUUAUCAACGAAGUACCCAUGACGGACAUGCGCUUGCAUCCCGCACUUGGCACUCCCGGCCGUACCUACAAGUGGUACAGCGGCGACUUGGUCUUGCCGUUCGGUUACGGUCUUCACUACACUACCUUCGCAAAAGCGGCUCUGAAGGACCACUCUCCCCGGUCUUCCGACAUUGCCACCCUCGUUAAUGAGGCGAAACAAUCGAGCGCAUGGCUAGACAAGGCAUUCUUCGAUGUCUUUGCCGCUGAGGUUACCAACACGGGCUCCCUUACUUCAGACUAUGUUGCCCUCGGAUACUUGACCGGCGAAUUUGGCCCUGCACCGUACCCGAAGAGCUCACUCGUGUCUUACACUCGUCUGAGUCAAGUGACACCCGGCGAGACGCAGGUGGUCAAUUUCGACCUGACUCUAGGCUCGAUCGCUCGCGCCGAUUACUAUGGGGAUUUGUACCUGUAUCCCGGCACAUAUACGCUUGUGGUCGACGUCGUGGAACCUGUCGAGGUCGCGACGUUCUACCUUACUGGCCAAACCACUCUUCUGAAUUCCUGGCCUGUUCCCAGUGCAUGA